UUGUGUUUUGAUUUUCAGAAUAUACAGAAAAACUGAAGUCAUCCAUCAAACAGCAAACCUAUUUUCUGUUGUCAGAGGAAGAAGACAAGAAAAUUAGAACCGAUGACAUCUUUACGAGUGUGACUAUCCAACGUGGUCUAAAACACUUCAAGGAACCUAAGUAAAGGAGAUUUGGCAGCAGACUGUUGGAUGAAAUUCAAGCGAGUAGUAAAAAACUAACAAACUGUUCAGAAAUGUUUGUUUGCCCAGAAAAUGAUGAUCAGCAGUCCACAGCUUCUUGCACGACCAAUCCUAAAUCUAUCUUGUUGACGGGCAAAGCAGGAAUUGGAAAAUCCCUUUUUUGUCGGAAGCUGACACGGGAUUGGUCGCAUAACCGAUUGUUUGAGGAAGGUCAAAAAAAUGCCAAAGUACCUGAUUUUCAGUUUGUAUUCCUGUUGACAUUCCGUCAACUUGUUCUUCCAGAAGAAAAACUUAAUUUGUGUGAUAUCUUAAAUCUGUCCUCCCUACUGAACGAGCACUCGGUGAUAGACGAGCCAUUACUGCAGUACAUGAUUGACAAUCCUGAGAAGCUGCUCAUCAUCCUCGAUGGGUAUGAUGAGUAUAAACCGCAUCGAGAGAAAAUCACCAGGGACUUUGAGACAAGAUACGCAAACAACCCUGAUGAAAAAAUACCUGUUCCUGCUCUGAUUGCCAAAAUCAUGAAAGGAAAGAUGUUAAACGGUGCAGUGGUCCUGAUAUCCUCGAGGCCUGAAGAAGCCGAGGAAUUAAAAGAAAUUGUCUUUGAUGUGAGAUGUGACAUUCAAGGAUUUUCUUCACUUCAAGUGCUAGAAUACAUCCAAAAAUAUUUCAAAGAAAACGAAAGCAUGAAGAACAAAGUACUUGAUCACAUCAAAAAGAAUGAAAUUCUUUUAAGUUUUGGUCACAUUCCUGUGAUGUGUUUUCUAAUGUGCUACUAUAUUAAAUGGCACAUGACUAAAUCAAAAACCACAGAAAAACUACCCGUCACAAGAACAGAACUUUAUCAUGAAGUAAUCAAAGUAUUUAUCAAGAAACAUUGCUCUCCUAAAUAUGAAAAAAUGGAAGAAACUAAAGUACAAGAAAUAUUACAUAAACUAGCUGAACUAGCGGUGAAUUUAAUGAUGAUCAUUAAGCCCCUGGAGUACAUUUAUUCCGAAAGUUCAAAGCCCUCUGCCAGAGUAGAGAGGUGGGUUCUCAAGUUACAACCCUACCAUUGUACAGUUAAGUACAUUCCUGGGCCCAACAACAUAGCAGAUGCCCUGUCCCGCCUUACAAAGGACACUCCAAUGAACAACAGGAACAAGACGGAAGAGUAUGUUUGUUUCGUAGCAGCUAAUGCAACCCCAGCAGCCAUAAGCAUGGAAGAGAUUAAGAAGGAAUCUGCAGAAGACAAAGAAUUAAUAGAGCUGCGGAAAUGCAUUCUCUCGGAUGCGUGGGAGACAUGA